AUGAGUUUUAGAGAGGUGGAUCAGAACUUCAAGAAGUUGGGUCACUCCAAUAAUACUUGGUCGGAUUAUCUCAUUUUGCGUUCUAUUGGUGUGGCCACUAGAGCUAAGCCUCCGCCGACGAUGAUUGAGUAUACAAAUCCAACAGGUUUCACUUUCGAAGCUGAGCUCCUAGCGGUGAUCCAUGCAAUCUCGAUUGCCCAUAAUCGAGGUUGGUUUUCUUUAUGGGUGGAAGCUGAUUCUGAAUAUGUGGUUCGGCUUCUCCAGGCGAGAAGCAUGGAUGUUCCUUGGCGUUUCAUUGGUCUUUGGAAGCAAACGAUUGUGAAGUUGUCAGACUUCAAUAUGCAGGUGUCGCACAUUUAUCGUGAAGGAAAUAGAGCAGCGGACAUUAUGGCAAAUCAAGAUCGAAAUGAGGGGUGGUGGCCUUUUGCCAUUGAGGAGAUAAAGUUGGCGACCAACUUGGAUAUGGCGACGCAUAGUGCGAUUCGCAUCAAGAAUUGA